AUGUCUGCUACCAUUCACUCUCGACAGGAUGAUGGCCUGUCUCCCAGCGAGCAGGUCUUGAAAUUGAUGUCCAAUCCUUUCCAGGCAUCGCUACAAACCAAUGCCUUUUGGGCCUCUCUUGCGACCUCACUGGGCGUCAGUGCCGGUCUGGCUCUCCUCUUUUGCUUCAUCCGCCCCCGACAUGCUCUCGUAUAUGCCCCAAGACUGAAAAACUCGGAUAAAGAACAUGCUCCCCCUCCUCUGGGCAAGGGACUAUUCAGCUGGAUUAAACCUGUCAGUAAAGCCAACGAUGAAUUCUUAAUGGACAAAAUCGGUCUGGAUGCCGUCCUCUUCCUGCGCUUCACCCGAAUGCUGAGGAACAUAUUCUUGAUCUUGGGUUUACUUGGAAUUUGCGUCAUGAUUCCAGUCAACAUCACCAUGUCCAACAAAUCCAUCACCGAGGGGUUGAGCGCCUUCUCAAUCAUGACGCCUUUAUACAUCUGGGGUAGAGGAUUAUGGGCCCAAGUGGUCGUGGCAUGGUUGAUUGAUCUGGUCGUCAUCUACUUUUUAUGGCACAACUACCGGCGUGUUCACCGCUUGAGAAGAGCCUAUCUCGAAAGUCCCGACUAUCAAAAAAGUCUGCACGCUCGAACACUCCUUAUUCGAGACAUAUCGCCCAAGGAUCGGACCAAUGAGGGUCUCGCCAGGAUCCUCAACGAGACAACCUCCACAGGUACUGCCGCAAAGACCACAAUUGGCCGAAAUGUCAAGGUUCUGCCCGAGUUAAUUGAAGAACACGAAGAGGCUGUUCGAGAACUCGAGUCCAUUUUAGCCAAGUACAUGAAAAAUCCGGAUCGCUUGCCACCAAAUCGACCGCUGAUGAAGCCUUCUGGAAAAUACAAGGGUCAGACAACAGGCGGCAAGGUUGACGCGAUUGAUCUUUUGACUGACCGCAUCCGGCGUCUCGAAAAUGAGAUCAGUGACAUCAGAGAGCGGAUCGAUAAUCGGGACCCUAUGCCUUAUGGAUUCGCAAGUUGGGACAGUGUUGCGGAUGCUCACAAAGUGGCUUUCGCCUGUCGAAGCAAACGUCCAGGUCAUACCAAGAUUCGCUUGGCUCCACGACCCAAUGAUCUCAUUUGGGACAACCUCAAGCUAUCUCGGUCUUCGCGCAAACGCAAGCGGUUCAUGAAUGCGGUCUGGAUCACUGUGUUGACCAUCUUGUGGACACCCAUUAACGCCGGCAUUGCCGUUUUUCUAUCCAAUCUUUCAAAUCUCGGUCUAGUGUGGAAAGAUUUCGACACCCAAUUGAAGGCUCACAAAACCUGGUGGGCCGUUGUGCAGGGUAUCGCAGCUCCAGCCCUUACAUCCUUGGUCUAUCUGGUCCUUCCUAGUGUUUUUCGACGUCUCCAGAUUCGUGCUGGCGAUGUUACGAAAACCGAUCGCGAACGCCACGUUCUUCGAAAUCUUUACAGCUUUUUCACUCUCAAUAAUCUGAUUGUUUUCUCCAUCUUCUCGGCGGUCUGGCAAUAUGUUACCAUCGUUAUUGACUUCAACGACCACGGGGAUGAUACAUGGACAGCUCUACGCAAGGGAAAUUUCUUCCUUAUCGUUACAACCACAUUGUGUCAAGUUUCACCGUUCUGGGUGACUUGGCUUCUUCAGCGUAACUUGGGCGCGGCCAUUGACCUUGCACAAUUAUGGCAGCUGGCUUAUGUCUGGUUCGCAAGAACGUUCAUGGCGCCUACCCCUCGACAAAACAUCGAAUGGACAGCACCACCGUCCUUCGAAUACGCCAGUUAUUACAACUAUUUUCUAUUUUACACUACCGUGGCACUCUGUUACUCAACUCUGCAACCCAUCAUCUUGGUUGUAACAGCAUUGUAUUUCGUCAUCGACGCAUUCAUGAAAAAGUACCUUCUGAUGUAUGUAUUUGUUACAAAGACCGAAUCGGGCGGUCAGUUUUGGGUCACUAUCUUCAACCGGAUCAUAUUUGCGGUCAUGUUGUCAAAUUUCGUUAUCGGGGUCGUCGUUAAAGCACGUGGUGAGUGGAGUAUGGUUAUUGCCAUUGCACCUCUCUUCAUCAUUAUGGUCUUGUUCAAGUGGUAUUGCAUGAAGACGUUCGACUUGGACCUGAAGUAUUAUGUCCGUCAGGGUAUGCAUGACAUGGAAAGAUUACCUACAGAUGGCAAGGCUCAUCGUGUCGAGAAGAUCUCAUCCAAAUUUGGUCAUCCAGCACUCUACAAACCACUCAUCACGCCAAUGGUUCACGCGAGGGCCAAAAACAUUCUCGCAGAGAUUUACAGAGGGCGAUUGAAUUCGGAAGGUGGUCAGUCGAUGGCAGUCUCUGACAUCGCCAUGCAACCCAUGUCACAAUCGGGUGCACCUGACCAAGACUUGCCAUUUGAAGUUGUACCUGAAGCACAACAGGACUUUUCCUACUACAAGAACAGAUCCGACUUUAAGGAGGAAGGUGGCGACAUGUUUACUGACUCUCGAAGCACAACUCCUGUGUCUUUCAUGGCGGGCGGUGCUAAGGAUGGACUUUUGUCAGGCAGUACCCCUGGGUCGUCCAGAGAUACCAGUCCUGCCCCUCAACACCCUCGGGCAAUUGCCCGCAAAGAUUAUAAUCAUUCCCAUGUUCCUCCACAAUUUUUGAGAUCUCAGCCGCCAACAUCUGAUCCCUACGAUGACCGAGCAAACCUUUUGGCUGGUGUUGGCGAUAUCAGGCCUACAAAUGGUGAAUUUAUGCCGAAUGCAUACAGAGAUACCAGUGGGACAAAUACCCCUGGAGAUGAGUUGAACUCGGGGUAUGAUUACUUCAGGGGACGGAAAUGA